CCACUGGCUGGAGGUCUCCAGGGGAUUGCGGCGCUGAUGCGCUGUUCUCUUCCAUUCUCUUCUCCGCCUUGCACGCUUCUCGUGCCCGACAGCAUCAUCUUCGGCGGUCUCUACUUCGCUAUACCAUAUAAUCCUCGACCCGCCAACCCUAUAUGCCAAUAAUCCUGGAUCGGAGCCUACGAAUUCUCAUGCUGUCCCCAAUAAGUCAGCUUGAAUAGCCACUCGAUCUCCAUCCGUCCAUCCAUCUAUCGACAAGUCCCCGAACUACGAUCUCUAUACACAUCCACCAUGGCCGUGCGACCCGCCUAUCGUCGGAGACGCUAUCACUGGCCCGAACUCCAGCUCAACAUAUGGAUCAUUAUCGUCCUCGCUGCUUCCGCCAUCUGUCUCGGCAUCUUUUCCUGGUUCAUGGUCGUGCAGUCCGAACUAAAACUCGGGAUACCAUGGCUCUUCCCAUAUAUGGUCGUCUCCGGCGCCCUCGGCGUCUUCUUUAUCGUCCUGACCCUGAUCCUCGCCGCGCAACGCUUCCUCCUUCCCGGCAUCAUCAUCGUUGGCAGCUUCAUCCUCUUCGUGCUCUGGUUGACCGGCCUCAUCGAGACCUCGCUCCAAUUGUACGGCGUCGUCGGCAAUGUCGACGAUAAUUGCAAGAUCUACGUGGAUGACAAUCACUUCGGGGGGAAUAAUCUACAGACCAUGGCGUGGUUGACGCAGAGUACCAUAUGUAAUUGCUGGAAGACGGCAUUUGCGUUCGAGCUUGUCAACACGAUCUUCUUUCUGUGGAUGAUGAUCAUGUCGUGGCAGGUAAACCGGGAUGUUUAUCAUUGAUUAAUGUUGGGGCUUUCGUAUCCUUCUUGUGACUUUGUCUAUUCUUUCUCGCUUGUUUUCAUGUUGGAUGAAUUUACGAGGGUAUGUUGCCAUUUUACGUGUGAUUUGCAAGCAUGGCGUUUGAUUAGUUGUUUCCUUCGCAAGGCAUUCAAUGUACUAAUAAUGAACAUGUGGUUGGGGCCUUUCCCUGUUCUCAUAUAUAU